AUGGCAACUUUAGAGGAAUUGGAGACACAGCAAUUGCCAGGGGAUGUCGAAAUCGACCAAGAGAUCUUGAAUUUACCCACCGCAGAGCUACAAACCAGGACUAAACUGCUGGAUAACGAGAUUCGGAUAUUCAGAUCAGAACUGCAGAGACUAUCGCAUGAGAACAAUGUAAUGCUGGAGAAGAUCAAAGAUAACAAAGAGAAAAUCAAGAAUAAUCGCCAAUUGCCGUAUCUGGUAUCAAAUGUGGUAGAAAUCAUGGACAUGGACGAGCUGGAAGAUGAACAACAUAGGGAAUCGACAACCCAAGGUGGAAAUGUAAACCUGGACAACACUGCCAGGGGUAAGGCAGCUGUCGUAAAGACUUCGUCGAGGCAAACCGUUUUUCUGCCCAUGGUGGGUCUUGUUGACCCUGAAAAACUAAAACCUAAUGAUUUGGUUGGCGUAAACAAGGACUCUUACCUAGUGCUGGACACACUGCCCUCGGAGUUUGACUCGCGUGUCAAAGCUAUGGAGGUGGACGAAAAACCCACCGAAACCUAUUCUGACGUUGGUGGGCUGGAUAAACAGAUCGAGGAACUUGUUGAAGCCAUUGUGCUUCCUUUAAAGCAGGCCGAAAAAUUCACAAGUAUGGGGAUCAGGGCACCCAAAGGAGCCCUUAUGUAUGGUCCUCCAGGUACAGGUAAGACUUUGCUAGCAAGAGCAUGUGCUGCCCAGACAAAUGCCACAUUUUUGAAACUGGCGGCUCCGCAAUUAGUUCAGAUGUUCAUCGGCGAGGGUUCCAAGUUGGUCCGUGAUGCCUUUGCAUUGGCCAAAGAAAAGGCGCCCACGAUUAUUUUUAUUGACGAACUUGAUGCCAUUGGUACUAAGCGGUUCGACUCUGAGAAAUCUGGUGACAGGGAAGUGCAAAGAACCAUGUUGGAAUUGUUGAAUCAAUUGGAUGGUUUUGGUUCUGAUGAUAGAGUUAAAGUGCUAGCUGCCACUAACAGAGUUGAUGUUCUCGAUCCAGCCCUGUUGAGAUCUGGUAGAUUGGAUCGUAAAAUUGAGUUCCCAUUGCCUUCAGAAGACUCAAGAGCUCAAAUUUUACAGAUUCACUCUAGAAAAAUGACUACAGAUGAUUCCAUUAACUGGCAAGAACUUGCAAGAUCUACAGACGAAUUUAAUGGUGCACAAUUGAAAGCAGUUUCUGUUGAAGCAGGUAUGAUAGCUCUAAGAAAUGGCCAGACGCAAGUCAAGCAUGAAGAUUUCGUUGAAGCUAUUGGUGAAGUCCAAGCGAGAAAAUCCAAGUCAGUAUCAUUCUAUGCUUAA